AUGUGGCUCGAAAAGUACGCCCCGCAAAGCCUGGACGAGCUGAAAAUUCACAAGGACAUCACGGAGAGGCUGAAGAAGCUUAGCGCGCACAAGGACCUACCUCACAUCAUUUUUUACGGCGCCCCCGGAGGAGGAAAAAGUACCAGAAUAGAUUGCCUAAUAAAGGAAAUAUUUAAGGAAGAGAAAAUAAUCAGGAGACCAGAGUGCAUAACCAAUGCAGAAAAUAAAAUCAGCAUAAACGUCGUCCAAAGCAAUUACCACUUAGAGUUACAAUGCUUCGAAUUAGGAAUCAAAGACAAAAUAAUUGUGCAGAAUGUUAUUAAAGAGCUAUGUAGCUACAAAUCAAGUGCGUCUUUUUUUUCCAAAUCGCCGAUGUACAGAAUAUUUGUUUUUAAAGAUGCUGAGUUUUUAAGUGAAGGAGCUCAAGCAGGGUUAAGAAGGACAUUGGAAACGUACAUAAGAAAUGCUAGAGUUAUUUUACAUUUGGAACAUCUGUCUAAAAUUAUCGAGCCGUUAAAGAGUAGAUGCAUUUGUAUCCGAGUACCUCUUCCCACGGAAGAAGAAAUUGUGUCGGUCCUAAAAGAUAUUAGCGAAAGUGAGCAUGUGCCUGCAUCCUUCAGUUCAGUCGAUUUUUUUAAAACCUUGAUUAAUAAGCAUGGACGGAAUUUGAGGAAAUGUAUUAUGGCACUAGAAAUGACCGUGUAUUCAAAUUCGGCCAAGCCUCAUCACUCCCUCUCUGUUGCUUCUACGUAUAUAAACGAACUGUGCGAUUUUGCUUUUGUGAAUCCGUCCCAAAUAAAGAUGAAAGAAUGCGUGACGAAGAUUCAGAGCUUAAUAACGUGCCAAAUUCCGGUUAACUUUAUUUUCGAAACGAUCAUUAAAUAUUUGUUACGGCAUAAUUAUGAUUACAAACUUAAGUACUACUUCUUGAAGCUCUGCUCGCACUUUUCCUUCCUCUCCGAGAGCUCCUUCGACAAGAGCGUCUCCCUCAUCGCCUUCAUCGUGAACGCCAACACGGCGAUUAUUAAGUACAACUUGGCGAGGAAGUAG